CCGGCGCCCUCCUCGGCGCCCGCCUCCGACCCCGUGACCGAGCGGCCGACCAAUGGCAAGCUCCGCAGCCGCGCGGACCGAAAGUUCGCCCCCGCAAGGCUCCGCCCCCCGGCGAGACUCCGCCCCAGUGCUUCUUCAGCUCGCUGGCAGGCAGGCGGAAGCAACACCCGGAGCCGGGAUCCCGGGCCGGGUCGGGAUGAAAGGGUGCAAGCUGAGAGCUCCCCGCCCUUCUUCCCCCCCACCCCGGCCGCUCCCGGCCGCCUCGGGUUUGGCGUGCCUCGCGGAAAGAGGGGGAAGGGAAGCGGGACGGGCUCGCAGCUGCCGUGUUAGAGACGCUCGCAGGCUUGCAGGACCAUGCAGCGUGCUCCCCAAAUGGCACAAAACAGCCGUCGUGAGAAGUGGGAAGUUUCCCCGCCUCGGGUCGCCGCUUCUCUCAGAGCCUCUUGAAACAACGACCCCCACCAGCAGCAGCAGCGCCCGCUCUGCCCCGGCUCCGGGGCGCUGUUUACCUAAUCUCAGCGGCUGACGGAGCCCAGCAGAAUGCGAAAGGGAGGCAGCGGUGGCACAGCAGCGUCCCCGGCGAAGAAGUAAAAGACGUUUGCUUUGGAGCUUCGGGAUAAGUUAACUGCGAGGCUGGGGUCCUGCUGUCUUAUCUCUGCGGGGAUAAGUCUCACCGUGCACGUUGCAGGCAUAGCCGAUCUGUUUUGAUGCCAUUACCGUAUCGGAGAAGAACAUUAUAUGAAAAACUAUUACCUAAUAUUCUAGAGACCAUUGAAGUGUCAAAGUUUAAUGCCAAGUGUUUUAGCUCGAAGGCUGCUCAGUUCUUCCUCUGACGUGCAGCUCUGUUCUAGAACGCGCUGAAAACAAGGGGAUCAUUUUUAUUUUUUUGCCGCCCGAAUGUCCUUCCUUCCUACUCUCUUCCUCCUCUCUCACCCCCACCCCCGCCCCGGAACCGGGUAAAGUUAAAGCCAGAAUUUGUACUUUCUUUUUACGUUUUGCUUUGCUUCACUUCAUUAGUGGUGUAAAAUGCAUUGUUACAGCAUAUUAGCAUAUUAAUAAAGAUAACGUGACUCAGGAAAGGAAAAGAGACCUGAAAUUUACAAGCGAAGGAGAAAUAAUUGAAUAACAUCAGCAACUAAAAGAUAAGCUUGCGGGAAAGAAAUAUCUCCAUUAUAAUUACUCAAGUGUACAUUCUCUAGAUAGAAUCUAAGAAAGAAAAAUGUGACCAUCGUGGGGGAGAUAGCAAUGUUCACGCUGGUCAGUAACGCAUGUUGAAGACAUAAUGCCUUAUUAGUGGAUUUCACAAAAUGUACUUGCAUUGGUCAAUAAGCACCUUAAAUGUGGAAAAGCUUUGUUUUAUCAAAUAAAGGUUGCAAGUUCCUGCAGUCACUGGCAUAGCUAAUGCUCUAAAUGAUAUUAAUGUUGUCAGACUGAAAUAUGCCACAUACUGAGCCCUCUGGUUAGUACAUCAAGCCCCCACGUUUAAAGUAUUACGUUGGAAAAUUGUAAAGCACCUCAACUCCCCAGUCCAAGCAACUAAAUAUGUAUAUGAAUAUACAUGGAAACCCUGAAGUAGGAUGUAGUUACUAGGAAUUAUAGCCCUUUGACACAAACCAAGAUAUAAAUGUCUUAAAAGGAUUUCCUCUACGAUAUAGUAUGAGAAUGCAGAAUAAAAUAUGUAAGGUGAUAUAUCUGUUAUUUCUAAAGAAUGAGCACAGCUUUUGCUGAGAACCGAAAAAUGAAAAAAAAUAAAUUGAGCUAUCUAAACCAA